AUGGCUAUCUCAAGAAGCAAUGGCUUAAUAUUGGUCCUGCUGUUAUUUGCAUUCUGUGAAAUGCAAAUCAUUGCAGCAAAAGACAAUCUAUCUUGCACCUUCCGCAGCAGUCCAUGCUUUAGAAAGAAGAUACCAUGUCCUGCUGAGUGCCCUCAAAAAUCACCAUCCGACCCAACAGCCAAAGUCUGCUAUCUUGACUGCAACUCUCCCAUAUGCAAAGCUCAGUGCAAACAUCGGAAACCAAAUUGCAAUGGCCAUGGAUCUGCAUGCUUGGAUCCCCGCUUUGUUGGAGGAGAUGGCAUUGUUUUCUACUUCCAUGGAAGGCGCAAUGAACAUUUCAGCUUAGUAUCUGAUGUCAACCUCCAAAUCAAUGCACGUUUCAUUGGCCUUAGGCCAGAAGGUAGAACCAGGGAUUAUACUUGGAUUCAAGCAUUGGGAAUACUCUUUGAUUCCAACAAGUUUUCUAUUGAGGCCAGCCCAGUAGCAAUCUGGGAUGAUGAAAUUGAUCAUUUGAAGUUCUCUUACAAUGGAGAGGGACUUGUCAUCCCAGAAGGUUACCCCUCUACAUGGCAAUGCCCAGAAAAUCAAGUAAGAGUAGAGAGAACAUCAAGCAAGAACAGUGUUAUGGUUUUUAUACCAGAAAUUGCAGAGAUAUCUGUGAAUGUGGUGCCUGUCACUAAGGAGGAUAGUAGAAUCCACAACUAUCAAAUUCCUGAUAAUGAUUGCUUUGCUCACUUGGAGGUACAGUUCAAAUUCUAUGAUCUAUCCUCCAAAGUUGAAGGAGUUCUUGGCAGGACUUAUCAGCCUGAUUUUCAAAAUCCAGCAAAGCUAGGUGUGGCAAUGCCAGUAGUUGGAGGGGAAGACAGAUACAGAACCACAUCACUUCUUUCUGCUGAUUGUGGUGUUUGUUUAUUUGCUCCUGCUGAAGCCUCAGCAAAGAAGAUCUCUGUGAUGGAAUAUGAUAUGUUGGAUUGCACUGGUGUUGCCAACAGUGGGAAUGGUAUAGUAUGUAGAAGAUGA